AUGACUUCCAGGUUCGGGCAGGCGUUUUUCACGGACGUUUUUCCUGGAGAUGAAGCAAGCACGAUCCGCGAGUGUGCCGCCGACGCGAGCAUCGAGCCCGCUGGGUUCACGGACGCAGGAUCUUCGGCCGGCGGUGUGCUUCACGGCUCCUCGAGAUCAGACGAGCUUUCCGAGCUGCUAUGUGGGGACGACGAUGACGAUGACGAUGACGAUGAUGGUGGGGACGCGCUCCUGAAUAUCGUUCACGACUUCUGCGCCAUGACCGACAUGAGUGCUAGCGCUAGCGCUGCUGCAGCAGUCGUCGACAGCGACGUGUCCACCUCGCGCGGGACAUGCGGGAGAAGUUUGGAGGAGCGGGUGCAUCAGAGAGGGGUGUUCGUGCUUGUCGGUAACGGGGCCAUGAUGCCGCCAAAACACACCAGCCAGAACAUGCAGAAGGUAUACAGGCGGUUGCAUAUUUCGCACUUACUUAUCAUCAUUAUUGCGACGUAUGAAGACCGAGAACUGUACACGACCCUCAUGGUUGCGUACAACCCCAUGCGGCCAGAGGACACUCUGCGUAUCCCCCCGUUUGAGGAGUGGGAAGGGAUCGGCAACCUCUGCACUCACGUCUACUGCGGGGCUAUCGAAAAUCGUUUCGGCAAAAAACCAUCGCUACAGUCACAGCCACAGGAGCAACAGCCGCAGCCACCGCAGCCACCGCGGCCGCAGCAGCACCAGCACCAGCAACCACAGCAGGCAACGCUCGGCCAUGUGCACGGUCACAACGGGAGGAAGGUCCACGAUGGAGGCGUGCCUGUGGGGUUACCAGUGGCGCCAGCAGCGCCAGCAGCACCAGCAGCACCAGCACCAGCCUAUGCGGUGGGGAUAGGAGAAGGGGGAUUCCACCCUAACGAUGGUGGCGGAGGGGUGGUGAGUGGGUCAGGCUUCAAGGAAGGAGGGGUGAGUGGGUCAGGCUUCAAUGAAGAGCCUCUAUCCCACGCGACCAAUGGCAGCGACCGCAGGUACCUUCAGCAGGCGGCGGCGGUGGCGGCCGCGGCGGCCGCGGCAGAAGCGGAGGCGGCGGCGGCCUGGCGUCAUCGUUCUCCUGCUCCUCCUACGGCUGUCAGCAACUCGCCGUGCACGGCAGACGGCGCCGCUUCUCCCGUCACGUUCUCGGAUGACCUCGACGGCGCGACCCUGUGCGCGGACAUGGACCCCAUCGUGACGCCCUCGAUGCUGGACAUGAGGCACCAGCAGGCGGCGGCGUUGCCCGCGCAGAUGGUGCCAUCGAGAGGGGGAGGGUCGAUGGUCGGCGGAGCCCCCGUGGCGGGAACGCCUCCACCUGCUACGACGGUUUCGUCUUCGUCGUCGUCUUUGGCGACGGUGCUUCCGAACGCCGCCGGACCCUGGGAAGCCGGUAGCAGGCCGUCUGCGAGCAGCCGGGGAGGGUUUCCCGGUCUUGUUGAAGGCGGCGGCGGCGGCUCCAUCGACGCUCUCGAAGCCGUGCUGAAUGGCGAAGACGAUGACGACGACGAUGAGGGUGGGAGCAACUUCGUUCAGCUGGAUGUGCUCGCCGAUUUGCCCGAGGUCAAGUCGACCUACCUGCUGUCCCAGGCUUACGAGGAGGCCUACGAUGGCAAGGGCAACAACAGCCACAACCGCGGCGGCGGCGGCGUCGGCAAUGACCGUCGCCACGCGGAAGCAGCCUACCGAGAAACGGAGGAGGCGCUGGGGAAGGCGAGCUUCAUGGAGUCCACGCACGCGAUGAUGCUAGGCCACGGGUUCCGUGCGCAAGACGACCAUGGGGGUGGCAGCCGUGGCGAGAAACCCGGGUUCGAGUCCAGCGGUGACGGCCGCGACGCCUGAUGAUUUUUUUUUUCCGUUGUUCAGUUGUUGUUUGGUUGUCAUUUCUUUUCCUUCCCGCUCUCUUCUUUGUUCACUGUUUUGUUCGUUUUUUUCUUGUGGAUACUGGGGGGAGGGGAGGUCGUGGUGGGUGUCAUGGGGGGGGGGGGCCGCAAUGGUGAACACCACGACGGAUUUUUUGUUCUUGCUCGUCUUUUUUUUUUUGUGUUGUGUUUUUUUCAUGUGGAUACGGGGAGGGUCGUGGUGCUUGUUGUAGAGGCGGGGGAGGAGGGAGAGGUGUGUUGUUGUUAGUAUUUCCAUGAAUAGUGAGGGUGAUUCGGGCGGAGCGGGGGCGAGCGCGAUGUUUGGCCACCGUGACACAGUUGCUUCGCGCCUGGUUGGGCCGGGAGGUAUAUAGGUCGGGUUGAUGUGUGUGUGUGUGUGUUUGCGUCCUAAUUAUUGUGGCGACAAUCCCCCCCUUUUUCGUGGUGAGACGUGUACUAUACUUUUCAGCGUAUGUAGAGUUCUACACUUUUCAGUGUAUUUUUUCGUACAACUACAACCAUGCAGGGUCACACAGGAGUGGGUAUACACCAGGGAUUUCUUCUUCUUUUUACUUCUUUUCAUGCCCCACCUUCCUCCUGCGGUGCGUGCUGAAUUUUAUUUUUAUCGCGAGAAGGGUCCAGCCGUCCCUUUCCCUCGUCAACGGUCCUAACGUCGAAGUUUGGUACUCACGAGAGCUUGUCAAUUAUAUUUCGCCUUCACCCGCACGUUUCGUGAAUUUUUCACCCCAUGGGGAUUCGAACUCACGACCUCUGCGACUAGCGGAUUACGAGGAUACCACCAGACCACCGGGGUUGGUGCCUUCAGGUUGGCGUGCCUUCAGGGUCGCGUUGGUUUACCAUUCAUGACCCUCGUAGGAGUGGUGUUGGAGGUUGUGAUGUCGUUGCCCUCUUUGGUUGGCAGGAGGAGUGGGUACGGACCCUUCACCAGAGGGGCGACUUUGGCAGAGACGUUUGGAGCGUUGUGGUGCUGACGAGUUGGUUGAUGGCUGGCGUCCUUCGGUGGCAUAGAUGGUAGAUAACUGCUGUGAUGUAUGUAGGGCACAUGGUGUAUUUCCUUGUUCUUUAGUCCCCCUCAAAGCAGUAGGUGUAAGACAACGCACACACGUGGUGACCAAGGAUAUGUUCCGAGAGUUGUUGCCGUGAGAUUUGUCAAGCGGAAAGUUGGUUGCGGGUGCUGUAGUUUUUCGAUCCAUCCACUCUGUCUUGUCAUUUUCCCUGCCACACUCAACCCUUGUCGGUAGCCUACGUUGUUUACUGUUGGCGACAUCGCCUCCCAUAUGGUGCACCCCGUGUAGCAGACAGGGCGCGCACUAGAAGCAGCGUUCCCUUGAUGCCCUCCCUCUCUAUCACCAAACACCAAUGGUAGGUACCAAGCAAACCUAUCCGUAUAUUAGUGUCCAGGUACCCUAGAUUCCUCAAACAUGGAAGGGAGUUUGCCAGAGGAGUUGUUGGGUUUUCAAGGGUUUACCGCAGAUUGGCUGGGAUGGGAGGAUUACCGGCCGGGUGUGAAAUAUCCUAUCGUAGUGACCCAGGGAGUUUGAGUUUGCCAGAAGAGUUAGGCUAAUUAUGUAUCAAGGGUAGCCGCUGAUUGGCUGGGAUGGAAGGGUAUCGGGUGUGAGGGCUUCUGAGUAGUGGACUACUCGAUCUACGGUCGGGGGCGUAGGUCAAACGGGUGUCUGCCGCGUAUCCCCGGGGGUGGUAUGGGGUACAUGUAUUCGUGUAGCACACGCACAAACUCAUACACACGGGCCGUGAUCUAGGGUCUAGGGUGGCCCUCAAAUGUGGUCACGGAUCAAAUGUGCCUUUCGAAGCGCCGUCUGUUUUCAGCCGCGCUUACAUGCAUACUACGUAGACGGACGUUUUCUCAUUGGUCAUGACGGUCGAUGCUAGUGCUGAAGACACCAUACACACUCACGUACAACACGACACGGUAUGCACAGCAUCACGUAGAGGACAAAGUCGGGUAGGGGUUGGAAUUAUGUUUUUUUUUUCACGAGGUGGGGAGUUGGCGCGGAAUUCGGCAUCUACAGUGUCGACUUGCACGUGCGUGUAGUAGAAGGCGGGCGGGGGCGGUCGGAAAGAAGAGGCAGACGCCCGCCGACCAAUCCGUAUGUAUUCAUGUUCUUUUGUGGAGUGGAAUGGGGGCUUCAAAGGCCGAUGAGUCCGCUCUGCGCGUGUUCGUUUACAUGCUUGAGCUGGUGUCCUCCGGCGUUCGGAAUGAGUGGAGAGACAGGCCAGGAGGCGAUGAACUUCCGUCUUACCAUACUUUCUGCUGUUGUUGUCGUUGUUCGGACCUCGUAUAUUCACUCACCAAACACUACGUU